GAACACGAGCUUGUUUAGAUUUCCAACUUAUUUCAUCCCAUACACAAGCGCUGACACGUUAUUAUCAAUUAUCCACCACCUGACACAGCAGCCCCGUAGUUAUUAUCUUAGCAUCAAAGCAAACAUUGCAGAGGUAUAAAACCUGCCCUGGCUGAGUCCUGCUUAUUUUGGAGGCUGGAAGACCUAUAAAGAAUGAAGACUUCUCUUCUUGUCGUGCUGAUCACAGCCCUGUGCACUGAGAGGGCUCUCUCUUUGACAUGUUUCACAUGCAAAGAUGCAUCUUCCAACAUCCACUGUCUCAGCACAACCACGUGCUCUGAGAAUGAGAAGUAUUGCCUCACAACCUAUUCUACCACGGGGUUUGGGGAUGACCGUAACCGGCGUAUCACCAAGAAGUGUUCUGCAUAUUGCCCAACAAUUGACCUGAAUAUUGGCAUAGCUGGCGUUGCUACCAGCUGCUGUGAGACAUCCUUGUGCAACAUCAGUGGUGCUAGCAGUGUGAAAACCAGUUACACCAUGAUAGCUCUGGGUGCCUUGGCCAGUCUCGCCUGCAUCCUCCGACUGGGUUUUUGAAUGGGUUUGUGGGGGAAAGGAGCUGCUUGGCCUUGCACUGCAAGGUAUCAAGCUCUCAUCUGUACAGUGUAAAUGCUGCCCUAUUUCUCCUACCUGGAAGGUAACAUCCCAUCAGCAAAUAUUUUUUGCUCUUUCUGUGCCCUGACACCAGUGCAGAAGAGCACAGCCCUACCUCAAACUGGUGUUUGGGACAGGAAGAUGUGAUGUAGGGCCCUGUGCAUGCAGAAGGGCACCAUAGAAUCAUAGAAUGGUUUGGGUUAGGACCUUAAAGAUCAUCUUGUUCCAACCCCCCUGCCCCGGGCAGGGACACAUCCCACUACACCAUGUUGCUCCAAACCCCAUCCAACCUGGCCUUAAACACUUCUGGGUGUGUGGGGGGGCAGCCACAGCUUCUCUGGGCAACCUGAUCCAGUGUCUCAUCUCCCUCACAGGAAAUAACUUCUUCCCAAUAUCAAAUAUAAAUCUACCCUCAUUCAGCUUGAAACUGUUACCUCUCAUGCUAGCACUCCAUGCCCUUGUAAAAUGUCCACCUCCAUUUUUCCUCUAGACUCUUCAGGUACUGGAAGACUCCUCUAAGUUCUCCCCAGAGCCCCGUCUUCUCCAGUAGUCAUACAGACACCAUAUAGUCACCAACUCUGCUACUAUUGGCUUUUAUAACUCCACGGGUUGUUGCUUUUUUCCCCUCCAUUUUGUCCCUCCCAUUCUCUUGUGCCAUUUUUACAUUGAUACCAUUUUCCGCCACACAUCAUUUUGCUCUGAGGAAGCUUUUGAUAUUGUACUUGUUAAACAGAAGCUGGGCACAAUAAAGUGUUAUUUUCUUC